AUGGAAGGAGAGACCAACUAUGAGCUGUCAGAUAUUGACAGGAUCACAGUUCCCAUGAUGGUGAGAGCAUUCCUCAUCUAUGAGGUAUCAUCCGCCAGCGAUAUGGAACGAUUGGUUAUCUCGAUCAAUGAAGGUGUUCAGAAUGCAACCCGUCAGGUACCAUUGAUGGCAGGCGUGGUGAAAUACAAUGAAUGUGGCAAGCCGUAUCUCGUGACUCCUCCUGGAGCCCAGGUUGAAUGCCACGUCCAGCGCUUCGAAAAUGACGAACACAAAUCGUUUUCCAAGCUAGCCAGCGAGUCAUUCUCACCUGUUGAUCUGGACUCGACAAAGUUCCUGCCUGAAUUACCAGUCGACAAAAAGCCAGUGUGUGCACUCCAACUCAAUGCAAUUGAAGGUGGUCUAAUACUGGCGCUCACUAUGCUCCACACUGCUGGAGAUUGGGAAUCUAUGCGCGCGUUUUUGUCAUUGGUAUGCCAAGGAAGCCAAGCCUAUCAUCAAGGACAUAGCAUGCCAAUCUAUACUCCAGACCUCAACAGAUCGGCUUAUAAUGGAAAAAACAAAGCCGGCAUCUCGAAGCAUGAGUUGGCCGAAAGGUGCGAAGGCUUUUAUCUCAUGGAGCCAGGAAGUUUCAUCCCAAAAACACCUCCACCAUUUCGCACAGUCAUCUAUAAGAUUUCCCAGUCAGCACUCGCGGAUCUUAAAGCACAAUGUACACCUCUUGAUGUCGAGUACUUAAGUUCCUAUGACUGCAUGUCCGCCCUUUUAUGGGUAGCUCUUACUCGAGCCCGAAUCCAGCUUCAUCCCGAGAAGACCGAUUCUCAAUCCCGGUUGGCACAUCCUAUCGAUCUUCGCUCCAGAGAUCCCAAAAAUCUAUCAUCUGCACAGUACUUCGGGAAUGGUGUGUUUCCGACGCUGGCUGGUCCGAUAAAUGCUCAGUUGCUCCUAUCAGAUGAUGGUUUAAGCAUCGCAUCUUCAUCAAUUCGCAAAUCUAUCAAUGAAAUCAACAUGGAUUAUAUCAAGGAUUGCACCGCGCUUGUCGCAUCUUUAGGGCCGACUGACACCUUGGGGUACCACGCUGACUUCCAUGACAUGGAUAUCCUGAUGAACACUUGGUUCUCUGGAAGUGCGCAAGAUUUUGUGAUUGGGGAUAAUCUGGCGCCGAGCACGUUUCGUACCCAACGACCGAUUACAGGGGCCUGCUUCUUGGUUUUGCCCAAUGUGGGCGGAGCCAAAUCAAAUGAUCGUGAGGUUCUCAUCCAAUUGGAAGAGAGGGAAUAUGAGAUUAUGCGCCGAGACGAGCAAUUUUCCAAGUUUUUUGAGGUGUUUCCUGCGAAGAGGGGGCCACAUCCAAAGCUGGGUUCCCCAUAA